AUCAUAGUUGGAGCAUUGUUUUUACCUGAUACACCAAACUCCUUGGUCGAGCGUGGCAAGCAUGAGGAAGCCAAAGCUCAGCUUCUUAAGCUCAGAGGAGUUCCGAAUGUUGAUGAGGAGUUUAACGACCUAGUUGUGGCCAGUGAAGCAUCCAAGUUGGUAAAACACCCAUGGGUUAGCUUGUUGAGCAGGAAAUAUAGACCCCAGCUUGUGUUUGCAAUCGGCAUCCCCGCCUUCCAGCAACUCACCGGCAUGAACGUGAUCACGUUUUAUGCUCCUGUCUUGUUCAAAACAAUGGGGUUUGGAAGCAGUGCUUCUCUCAUGUCAGCUGUCAUCACCAAUCUCGUUAAUGCCUUAGCUACAUUUGUCUCAAUUCUCACUGUUGAUAAGGUUGGAAGGAGGAAGCUUUUCUUACAGGGUGGUUGCCAAAUGCUCCUCAUGCAGGUGGCUAUUGGAAUUGCUAUGGCUGUUAAAUUUGGGGUCAGCGGCAACCCUGGAAAGUUGACACUAGGGUUUGCAGUUCCCUUGGUGCUCUUAAUCUGUGUUUACGUUGCUGGAUUUGCCUGGUCUUGGGGGCCUCUAGGAUGGUUGGUGCCCAGUGAAAUUUUCCCACUUGAAGUAAGGUCUGCUGCUCAGGCUAUCAAUGUCUCCGUCAACAUGAUCUUCACCUUUGCCAUAGCCCAAGUCUUCACAGCCAUGCUCUGCCACAUGAAGUUUGGCUUGUUCUUCUUCUUCUCUGUCUGUGUGGUGGUGAUGAGCAUUUUCAUCUACAAAUUGUUGCCCGAAACGAAAGGAGUUCCAAUUGAAGAAAUGCACACUGUGUGGGAGAAUCAUCCAUAUUGGCGGAAGUAUGUUGUUAACGAUGAAGGCAUUGCCAUGGGCAAGGGCAAGGGAGGACAGAGUGCUUAA